AUAAUAGAGAUUAAUACAAUCAGCUAACGUCGUUGCCGGCUUUAUCAGUUACAUCUGGACCUUGUAGUAACUAGUAGUAUUUUUUUUUUUAAAUUGGGCCUUGCUUUUUAGGCCGUUUUUAGGUCUUUUGGACAUACGCGUGAAUCUUUUAGGGACAAGAUGGUGUCGCGGACGUUCCCGGUGAUGAGCAAGCUGUUCCAGCACUGCGCCGCGGCGCCAACGAAGUCCGUGGCCUCCACCGGAGUGCUACUUCUUACCAUUCUGCAGUUCUUCUUGGACUUUGGGGAGGCAGUCCUGCACGAUGCUGAUGGUAGCUUGAAAACCUUCUUUCGUUCUUGCUUAAGCAGGGAGUUUGCAGAUCCUGUUGUUGCACAGCGCACGCUUGAAUUCCUUAUAGCAAACAAGGCAAAGAUCCUGACCUCUUUUCCCACCUUGAUUCCACAGUUCUAUCCAUUGCUGCUGAAGUUAAUUGCAUCAAAUGGUGAGAGAUUGGAGAAGAAGUUUUCAGAAGUGCUUCCGUUAAUGAUGUCAGCAGGAUCUUUUCUUCCUCUCUUCCUGUCCCUUAUGGAUUUACCAAUGUUGGUGGUCGCAUUGGAAAAGGUGGAAAGAAGUUCCGGAACUCUUAUUGGUAGUAGUAUAGCUACAAUCCAGAAGAGCGCUGCUCCUGAGAUGCUCCUUGCACUGAUGGACGAGGCAUAUACUGGUUCUGCAAUUGAAGAUCCUAGUGGUAAUUCAGGUUCUGAUGAUAGUAGUCCUCUAGACCUUGCUGACCCAAUGUUCCUUGACCUUCUAAAAGAUGAGAAUGAUGGCAUUGCCGCAAAACAUUGGACAUCCCCUACGAUAUCUUCAACAUUACAAGCAGCAGUUAACAGCCCACAAUCAGACAGAUUAAAACAAUCACUGGAAAUGGCACCUCGCUUUCUUACUUUGUACCUCGCAACAGCACUGCAGGACGUUAACAACUCGCUCUUAUGUGCUCUGAUUCCAGUAGUUAUGUCAAGAUAUGCUGCAAUGUUCCCAGACAAGGUUUUCUCUUUCGAGGUGAGGAAAAGGCUAUCGGAUUUCAUAUUGGCUGCAUUCCAGCGCUCCCCUGGCAUCAUUGCAGUACUAAAGAAGCCUAUUACUGACAGACUUGGGGAGGCUCAUGAUAAUCCUGCAAAGCUGAAUUUUCUGAUAGAAUGCGGCCCAUGCAGACAGAAUUAGCAUUGCACUUGUGCUGGGCCAUUGGUGAGCAUGGAGCUGGAGGAACAAAUUGCAAAGAUGUAGCGCGUGAACUAUUUGAAAAUUUGGAGUUAUUAUUAUAUUAAAAAAUGGCAAGUAGUCGUUUGGGAUGAAGCCAGGAGCCAGGAUUUGAUUCCAGGGGUGCAUCUUCUAGAAUGUCAUCCCAAGCUAGGCUCCUCUGCUUUGUAGUGACCGCCAUUGCAAAACUAGCAACAUGCCACGGCGAGUUGCUUCCAAGAGCACGCGUAUCAUUGGCUAAGGUCGCUCGCUCCGGAACCUCAGACAGGAGAGUCUGGCAACGUGCCUGCGACUAUUUAGGGCUCAUGAAUGAACCAGCCAUCUGUUUGUCUGUAUUGGGACCAUCCACUACCCAAGGAAACGGUCCUGGUAUUGUGAACUGGAACGAAGGAGGAACAAAGAUAGUAGCUCACGUUCCAUUUUACCUUUUAGCCGAACAAAAGGUUAAAUAUUCCGUGAACAAUUCAGUAGUUAAAUGUACAGUAAGCAUCUUUCAUGUUCUUUACGAAUUAGGAGAGAUAUGGUUGCACUUCUAGUAUAAUGAGAUGAACUUCGUAAAACUAAAGUGGUAUAGACUCAAGUAAAGAACACUCCAUCCUAAACAUACUGUUGGAAUUGAAAGUGGAUAGAGUAGAAUGAACAGUAGAAUAAAGAACUUGUAUUAUUGAUC